AUAUAAUUGGUUCAGAGUUUGUUUUGAUAUUUUAGCCUGCAUGUAGUGAUCGCGUUUGGUGUGGGGUGCAUACAUUUAUUUUGUACCGAUGGCGCACGCGCACAGACGGUUUGGGUUACGUGUAACACGGAUGUUGUGACAUCGCAUGUAGAACUACAAUGCUAUGGCUACACAAUAAUAAAUAACGUCUCACGGUUGUAGCCUAUGUUUUACCAUCCAUUGGAUUUACCUAUUGUCACUCAGAGGCAUAGGCCUAUUAUUCGCCAAGGCAAGACGUUUUGCCAAAUACAGCCUAUUUUACAGACUUAUGACAAUGUUUUGUAGGCUAGAUAAUAGCGUAAAUACAUGUAGGCAAACUUGUGGUGCAAUGUAUUUAUUCGCAGUGUCGUGACAACUUUAAGAUAUCACAGUGACAAAUGGUCAUGCGUAAAAGACAACUCGUUGUAAAUGUCCUCAAUCCAUGACGCUCAAGACUAACCUAUACAAUGCUAUUUUUUUCUUCACACAUUUAUAUAACGUUGUGGUGCUGUAAAGUGCUCUGAGACGCACGUUUACUUUCGCUGUAGACAGGCUGUAUUCAAUUCUGCCGAUUAUGUUGCAAACCGUUUCUUAAAAGAAAGCAAACGGAACGAACGUGGAUUGACUUGCCUCAAUUUGUCCAAUAGAAACUCGUUUUAGUUGCAAAACGGAAUGCAACUGUUUGAACUAAUGAUUUCACCCCGGGCUUCAGACGGGUAAUGAGACAGCUGCUACACGUGACGGUUAUAUGGUUGUAUAACGCAAUAAUAUUUAGGUCAACGCGAUUCUUGUUUGGCAAGUGCAUACUUACACUUGCAUAAAGUCUCGUGCAGAUGUCUCGAAUAACAGGUGAGAAACAUAUGUUCGAAAGAGGGGGAAAAAGACCACUCGAAUGAGUUUACUUAUAUAUGGUAAUUUGUCAGGUUGGACACGGAUAUUUACACGAGAAAGCAGUGUUUUCACUCACAACACGAAACCGUUCAAUUAUAGGGAGCCUGUGUAGUAGCCUAUAUAGACAAUCACUUUUCCCUCAAAUAGAUGCAAAAUUACACUUUAGCCUAUCAUUUAGAGGAUAAAAUGAACGUUUCAUUCCUAAAUCAGGCUGAAAUAUGAGCUACACUAUAGCCUAUUGAUAAGGGACUCAUGCAGAAUACUCUUUAAUUAAAAUUGUAAUGAAAGUGAAAUCUUGGUGUUUCAUGAAUGGUUGUCCUACUUGCUCUGGGCUAGACUAUAGCCCACGAAACGAUUGUGUGUGAAUGCAAUGAACAGAGUGUCCCCUUCACGGGUGGUUUGAGUGAAUGAAUGCGAGUGUAGUGGUGACUGGUGAUAGAGGGGAAGACAGAUUGACCUCUUCCGCGUUUUCCUGGAGUUGUGUCCUCAUUACCCAGGAGGCUACUUUAUCCUUGCACGUGUAGGUCUACGUUUGUAUGUCUACCCCCUCCCCGCCUUAGUACAGAGAGAGGGGACGAAAAAAUAAAGUUAAUUUAUACAACAAUCCCCCGCCUCUUCUCCCCAUCUCUCCUACAGUAGGCUACUUGUACCACAUUUAGGCUACCCUACCACUUCCGCAUGUUCUGCGGCGCCGGGUUGCUGCUGACCGGCUCCAGCCAUGUCCAAAGAGAAUUUAGCCGCCGGCGGCAAUGACUGGACCGCAGACAAACGAACAGGACCCUUGCAGUUAGGAGAAACCAAUAGCCUUCCUGUUUCUCGGCCUGACGUCAUAACGCCCCACCUGGCAGGAGCCAUGCCUAAUGUCAUAACCCCCCACAAGGCAGGAGCCAUGCCAAUCCAAGAGCUGUCUAGGAAACGGAAGGGGGAUAUAGACAACAGGGAAAAUGGUGAUGCUGAAAUGGAGGAGCAACAGAGCAGAUCGGAAGACGAUGAUCAACAGGUGACAAUAAAAUGCUUCAGGGAGCCACACAGCCAAAUUGAAAAGCGGCGGAGGGACAAAAUGAACAUCCUUAUUGACGAGCUGUCAGCCAUGAUCCCCUCCUGGAACCCCAUGGCCAAAAAGCUUGACAAACUCACGGUUCUGCGAAUGGCUGUGCAGCAUCUCAAAGCCCUGAAAGCAGGUGCCAGCAGUUCCUUUACUGACGUUAACUACAAACGCAAGCCUUCGUUUCUGCCUCAGGAUGAUCUCAAGCACCUGGUGCUCACGGCUGCAGAUGGGUUCCUGUUCGUGGUGAGUUGUGACAGGGGGAAGAUCCUCUUUACCUCAGAAUCCGUCUUGAAGUUCCUCAACUACAGUCGGUUGGAACUAAUUGGACAGAGUCUUUUUGAUUAUGUCCACCCGAAGGACAUUAGUAAAGUGAAAGAGCAGCUGUCAGCCUCAGGAUUAUACCCUCGUGAACGGCUCAUAGAUGCCAAAACAGGGUUACAGGUGCAGGACCUUCCUGUGGGAGCAGUUCAUCUGUGUACAGGGGCACGGCGCUCCUUCUUCUGCCGCAUGAAGCACAGCAGAACAGUUAUGAAGACAGAAGACAAAACCAUCCAGCCCAGCAGCCCCAAGAAAAAGGAGUCUCAGCGAUACUGCACUGUCCAUUGCACUGGUUACAUGCGGAGUUGGCCCUCCACCCAGCUGGAUGCUGAGAGCGACGAUAACGAGUCCUCCCAUCUGUCCUGCCUGGUUGCUGUGUGCCGCGUUCACCCUAACAAUGCCUGUCAGCCCUCACGAGAGGUCAAGGUCAAACCCACCCAGUUUGUCACUCGCUUUGCAAUUGACGGCAAGUUCACCUUUGUGGACCAACGAGCCACUACUGUUCUGGGCUACUUGCCACAGGAACUACUGGGGACGUCUUGUUACGAGUACUUCCACCAGGACGACCUGCAACACCUCGCAGAGACACAUAGGAAAGUUCUCCACAGUAAAGAGAAGAUUGAGACCAGCUGCUACAAGUUCAAAACAAAACAUGGCUCCUUCGUCAUGCUUCAAAGUCAGUGGUUUAGUUUUAUAAACCCGUGGACCAAAGAAGUGGAGUUUAUUGUGUCAACAAACCGAGUUUUGGGACCCGGUCACACAGAAACUGAACAGCCGAGCAGCUCCAAGCUGUUGGACGAAGAGAGCAAACGUACUAUCCUUAUCCCUGGCAUCUCCAGUGGCAUGGCCACUAUGAUCUACGCUGGCAGCAUAGGGACCCAGAUAGCAAACGAGCUCUUGGACUCCAACAGGGUCAAUUGUUCUCCAUCCAGUGGAACCUCCAGUCCCUUCUGUCCACCUCAGGACAGGUCUUCAAUGGUCUCCUCUCAUGCCAACAUGCCAAAUGAGGAGGUGACUGACUCAGAUACAGUGAGCAAGUCUGGAUCAGAGUCUGCUUCAAAGGGGGCCACAUACGCUGGUAGCGACACACAUAUGGACACAGCCCAUUCUCCCCCAGGAGAGAGCUCCCAGAUGGACCUGGACAGCAUGGUGGGACCAGGCCUCGGUAUCCUGAGCAACGAUGAGGCUGCCAUGGCCGUCAUCAUGAGCCUGCUGGAGACUGAUGCCAACCUGGGAGACGCAGUAGACUUUGACAACAUGCACUGGUCUCACUAGCAGAGAUUCAGAUACCAUGAAUUCAGGAGAAGAAUUUAGAUUCCAAUUCAAGAUUUGAAAAAUUAUAUUUAUUCUUAUCGACAUUACUUCAUUUAUUUAUUUAAGCAUUUUCAAAGAGGAUUUCUUUCAAUUCCUGAAUUGGGAUUUCAAUUCAUUUCCAGAAUUGAAAUGGAAUUGACCCUCAACUCCAUCAGUCCUUAACUCUGUAGUUUAUGGUUAGACAAACUCCAUCCAGGGACUCUUUUCGUUAGCUCGGCUACCAAGAAAACAGAUUUAUGUGCUUCUGAGGGACUUCUACAGCUCUCUGUUUAAGUUUCAGCAAGAGAUAUCCAGCCUGCGCUAAAACCAGCUAACUCUUUUGUGGCUUGCACAGCUGGUUCAAUUGGUGGGGAUUUUUUUUGAUCAAUGUUUCAAUGUAACUGAAUGUAUACUAAAAACCACCCGAGUUUGCCUAUAUCUGGGGGCUCACAGAUCGAUACCAGUUCGGUACUCUUGGGGUUCCCGCCGGUGUGAAAGUGAUCAACUCAAAUUCCAAGGGAGUGGACGAAGGCAUAGGUUAAUCAAUUACAAAGUAUAUUAACUUUGAACACUGAUCACUUGUGUGAAUAACUUGAAAUGAAACAUUACAACUGUGUCUUCACUCAAAUUGUCAUUGUCUGUUAUUACAAAGUGAAAUUGUAUAUUGUUCUGUCUUUUUGCUCUUGCAUUGUAGGCUUCUGUGUAGGUGAAUCAAUAUUGCUGCCAUGUCUAUUGUAAAGACAGCGGCAUACCUUUUUCUGAAGUCACUCAGAGGUAGAGCUGCUUCUCUUGAAAUUUUUUCAUUUACACUGAAACAGAACACCCUGAAGAUGCACCUGCAGGGAUGUAGUGGAGGCUAAACGCACACACUUUUUAAGUUUGUGAAAAGCAUUUACACAUUUAUUAUGCAACGUUGGCGUUGUUAGCAAUAGCGUGUGUGUUGCCUAUCCUAGAGGAACACAAUGGAAAUAAGCUCUCAGGCUUUAUUAUGUUUUGUCCUCAAUGGUUUUAAGUAUCUGGUCUUCAACUUUUUAAUGAUCAAAUAAAAUUCUCACUGCC